AUGAAAGAUGAAGAUCCUCUGAAGCACCUAGAAACGUUUGAUCGGAUAUGUGCUUUGCAAAAGAUCAACAACGUGACAGAAGAUGGUCUCAAACUGAGAUUGUUCCCAUUUUCCUUGGGAGGAAAGGCUCUAGCUUGGGAAUCAUCAAUCCAACCGGGAACAGUCACGACAUGGGAGCAAUGCAAACACGCAUUUUUGGCCAAGUUCUUCCCGACUUCACGUACAGCUCAGUUGCGGAAUGAGAUUGCGAGUUUCAGUCAACCAACGGGUGAAACAUUUGCUGAGGCUUAUGAGCGUUUCAAUGGUUAUCAAAUGAGGUGUCCACACCAUGGCUUCUCCAAAGAGAACCUCCUAAGUCUCAUCCUCGUCGAGAAUAUUGCGCUUGGUGAUGGGAAAUUAUCUGAGGAGUAUGACCGCAAUGACAGAGGAAACUCAGUCCAAGAUGAAGACACAGAAAAGAGCUCAAGACCCUGA